UCAUUAAUUUGUUAUUUUUCAGUCUAAUCGCGACACUUGAAUGAAGAGUACUCCUCGACCAAAGUACCUAACAAACACAAUAACAACGUCUAUACUGCUGGCGCUGCCUACAGUGUUCACUCGUUUUCCGUUUCUACGAUAGUAAAAUAAAUAAUAAAUAAUAAUAAUAUAAUGUUUUGGCGGACCCCGCUCACUAUUAUUAGAGGUGUCACGACAAAAAUGGUGCGACAGAACUCGAGGCUAUUGGUGGUUUGCGGCCCUUCAGGCUCGGGCAAGUCGACGUUGCUGCGCAAGCUGUUCGACGAAUUUCCCGACAAGUUUGGCUUUUCGGUGUCGCACACCACCCGAUCGCCGAGGCGUUUUGAAGUGGAUGGCCAACACUACCACUUCACUACCAAGGACCAAAUGCAAGCGGCCAUCGAUAGAGGAGACUUCCUCGAGCACGCCAUCUUCUCUAACAACAUGUAUGGUACCAGCCUUAAAGCGGUACAAAAUGUUCAAAAGUCUGGCAAAAUUUGCGUUCUGGAUAUUGACAUGCAAGGAGUCAUUCAAAUCAAAAAAAUGGCUUCCCUGAAGCCAGUCAGUGUGUUUGUCAAACCUCCCAGUAUUGUUGAACUCGAAAUACGAUUACGCAGGCGGAAUUCAGAGUCUGAGGAUAAUCUACGAGCCAGACUAAAUGCCGCGCAACAAGAAAUUAUCUAUGGAGAAACGCCUGGAAACUUUGAUUGUAUUAUAAUAAACGAGUCCUUAGAUAAAGCAUACAAUGUGUUCAAAGAAUUUGUUUUAAAGUCCUUUGAAAGUGUUGAAAAUUAAGUAUACAGUUAAAUUGUACCUAAAGUAUUCAGUAUUCGCAACUCAGUCAAUAGGUUUUAGUUAUUAUAUUUAUAAAAUAUUUUUGUUUACUUUAUAAAGUAUUGCUAAAAAAAUUCUAGAAUAAUGUUAUAUUUAGUGUUUUAAUUGA